AGAGGACAUCUAUUCAUCAGAUGAGAUCGUGGACCAACAGCCUGUUACUGUUAGAGUGAUGGACACCUGCGAUCAGGAGGGUCCAGUGAAUUGUGAGCGAUAUCUGUUGUGGGCCAAUGCCUUCCUGGUGGUCUAUAGCAUCAAUGACAUGAAAAGCUUUGAAGGCUGCCAGCUCUACCUGCAGAUGCUGCUCCUACAUAACAACACCUUUAGGUCCCAAACUCCAGUUAUCCUGGUGGGAAACAAGCUGGACAUGGACAGAUACAGGCAGGUGAGUCAGAGUGAUGCUGAGGCCUUGGCGACUCGCUACGGCUGCUUGUUUUUUGAGGUUUCUGCUUGUCGUGACUUCCACUCCGUACAGCACAUCUUCUAUGAAGCUGUGCGGAGAGCCAAGCCAUGCAACGAACGCAGGAAUUUGCUCAGUGCCGCCUACGUCAGCGAGGACAAAGCGCUGCUUGGCGUCCACUCUUUCUCCGCUCUGGACUACAAGGAGCUGCCGGCUCCCGCCACCGCCAAGCUGGUCACAGUGAAGACUUCCAGGGCUCAGAGCAAACGGAGGGCUGCCACACUCACCCUGCUCAAGGGUUUUAAGAUCUUCUGAUCCUUCCGGCUUACAGCUCUGCAUUCGUUAACAUGUUGACUGGGAUUUCUAUAAGUUAAACUGAGAGGUUUAUAGAACACGAGGGAGAACAGAGCAGGAGGCCAAUCUGUCCAUACAAGGUUUUUCACUGGUCAUGUCUUCUAUCAUUUAGUUAAACUAGUUAAAAUAGGGAUUCUUAACUCCUCUUGUUGGGUUUAAUGACUCUUAAAUGUUUGUUUUUACUGUAGGUUUUCACUGUCUAUCUGCAACCAAAUAGUCCAUCAAAACUCCUUCAGAAAACUCAGUCAUCACAUCUUACAGACUGUCCUCUUAUAUAUUAACUGAUAAAGA